UUUCUUUCUGCUCUUGCUCUUCUCCCUGAUCUUCCCUUGUUCUCGGAAUCUUCAGGCCUGCAGGUCGCGUGCUCUCCAUCCUAUUGACCCUCUGCCGUUCGACCUCGGUAGCUCCAUUCUCCGGCCUUAAGUGGUGGGGAGCUCUCCGUUUCCGUCCGCCCUGCGAUAUAUUCAAACCCCGUCAACUUGACUCAUCUUCUGCCAUUGAGCUGAAUUAUAUCACCAGUGGCCAAGUUGUCUCGUUUCGCAGGCCUCGCGGCCUGGAUAGCUCCUGACACUAUGUGGAAAGCGUCGGAGCGCCUGAUGGACACCAUCAGGCAUUAUGCCAGCUUCCCCGCAACUGGGGUCUCCCUGAGGCAAAUGGUCCAGUUCGGAGACCGUCCAUCGACUGGGACUCUAUUCCGCGCAUCUCAGUUCCUCUCCGAGGAGCUUCCCAUCCGUCUGGCACAUCGGGUACAAGAACUUGGUGAACUUCCAGAUGGCCUCAAUGAGAUGCCUUCCAUCAAGAAGGUGCGAAACUGGUAUGCACAAUCAUUCGAGGAAAUCAUCAACCUUCCACGGCCCUCCCUCACUCAAGAGGUCAGGGGACGCCUGUUGAACAGCAUGAAAACCAACGGAGGAGGAUCAAAGAUCUUAUCAGAAGCGACACAAAAUCCUAGCAUCAAAGAGGGCCAAUACCGCUCUUCACCGACCCUGACGAAUGGACACGAGAACGGCAAUGGGAAGGCCAAGGGAGCAGCGACCCGACGAUACUUUGUCCCGUCCGAUGACCGAGGAGACUGGCCACCUGAACUCGAUGACUACAACCAACGAUUCGCGAAGUUGCUUCAGCAGGUCAAGCGACGCCACGAUGGAGUCGUCACUACUGUCGCCCAGGGUAUCUUAGAAUACAAGCGUCAACGGCAGCGUCUGCAAAUUGAUUCAAAUAUACAGUCUUUCCUCGACCGGUUCUAUAUGUCGCGUAUCGGUAUCCGAAUGUUAAUAGGUCAGCAUAUCGCGCUUACAGAACAAAAAGCCGUCCGCCAUCCGAAUUACGUGGGUAUCAUCUGCACCAAGACUAAUGUACGAGAGCUGGCCCUGGAAGCAAUCGAAAACGCGCGCUUUGUCUGUGAGGAUCACUACGGACUAUUUGAAGCUCCCAAGGUGCAGCUCGUCUGUAAACCCGAUCUCAACUUCAUGUACGUUCCGGGUCAUCUGUCGCACAUGCUGUUCGAGACUCUCAAGAAUUCUCUGCGUGCUGUGGUCGAGACCCAUGGAGCGGACAAGGAAGAGUUUCCCGUUACCAAGGUCAUCGUAGCGGAAGGCAGAGAGGACAUCACCAUCAAGAUCUCGGACGAGGGCGGUGGCAUCCCGCGAUCGUCGAUCCCGCUCGUCUGGACGUACAUGUACACUACGGUCGAUCAGACACCGAACUUGGAUCCCGAUUUUGACAAGAGCGACUUCAAAGCACCGAUGGCUGGCUUUGGGUAUGGACUACCGAUCAGCAGACUGUAUGCUCGGUAUUUCGGAGGUGACCUGAAAUUAAUCAGCAUGGAAGGCUAUGGUACAGACGUCUACCUCCAUCUCAACCGUCUCUCAUCGAGUUCGGAGCCUCUCCAAUGACAAUCACCAGUCAUGAGGGAUGGGCGCGCACGGUUCUCGUCUUUCAAAAGACUAGUUCCUCUCUACGAAGAGCCUGCCUCGCCUUCGCCGCCUCCACCGCCAUCGCCAUCCCGAGGAUUGACGCCAAUGAAUACGCAAGCUCUCCGCUCGAAAGUGCGGACCAGAGAGGUUUCUGAACGCAAGCAG